UUUGUGUACGAUGAACGCAUGAGCGAAGAAUAUCCUUCUGCUUUGUUAGAAAAAUACUACAUGACUAAUAUUCUCCUUGGUAAAGGAGGCUAUGGAGUGGUUUUGCUGGGGAAACUCCGUCGGAACUGUUGUGUCGAGGUUGCGGUAAAGAUCCUGGAUACAGCGCGGCUAUCUCGCCGAUUUAGUCGAACUAUCUUCAAGGCUAAGGAUGUAGAGAAAGAGGUGGCGAUAAUGCUCCAGAUAAAUCACCCUAACUGUGUAAAAUUCAUGGAUUGGAUCGAAGCUGACAAAAGAGCUUACAUUGUCAUGGAAAAGGUUGACGGCGGUGAACUUUUUGACAGAAUCAUCGACCCAAAGUGGAAUGGAAUGGGAUUUGGUGAGGAUUUAUGCAAAUUCUACGCCUGGCAGCUUUUGAGUGCUGUAGAAGUACGUUAA